AUGGUAAAUAUGGAGGAACCUGAUAACCCUCCAUAUCAAAUCGGCGACUUAAAUGCGUUACUAAGGAGCGACCUAUACAAGACGCUCAAUUUAUUCGCUGGAAACUAUGGUUCAAAGCCAUACGAUCUCUCGAGCGAAGCAACUAUCGCACAUUUACGCUCAAAAAUUAGAAAAGAAUAUCCAUUCCCCCUAAACAAAGACUCAAAAUCUUCAUCUAUACUAGCCAGCUCUAUCGCAAAAGCCUCCGCAGCUAUCACUAAUGAAAGUGGAACUAAAAAACUACUGUCAAUAACCAAUACUACAAGCACUGGCGGGAAAACCCCUUAUGCCUUAGAAAACUGUAUAUCUAAGGAUGAAAACUCAAAUAAUAUACCUUCGGUUUCCCCUAACACGCCAUUGAUGGAUAGGGUUACUAAAACCUGCCUGGAAUAUUCUGGCGAUUUUGACCCUGACUCAUGCCUAUGGGAUGAUACCAUAGGCAAAGCUCAAAUCCAUAUUCCUAAUACCAGUUCCUCUGCUUCUGACAGCCAAUCUAUGGCACUUGGUGGUGAUCUAGCAAAUCUGAGACUAAAAGUGGAUGUUAAGGGGAGAAAACCAGUUUGGCAUCCUCCAUGGAAGUUACAUAGGGUGAUAAUCGGACACCAGGGCUGGGUAAAUUGCGUAGAUGUUGACCCAUCAAAUCUAUGGUUUGCAACAGGAUCCAACGACCGCCUAAUUAAAAUAUGGGACCUCGCUACUUGCCAGCUCAAAUUAUCUUUGACUGGACACAUAAAUGCGGUGCGAGAUCUUAAAAUUUCCAAACGCCAUCCCUACCUUUUCUCUUGCGGAGAAGACAACCGAGUUAAGUGCUGGGAUCUGGAGCAAAACAAGGUCGUUCGCGACUACCAUGGGCAUUUGAGUGGGGUAUACGCUGUGGCGAUACAUCCUGCUUUGGAUAUACUUGUAUCUGGUGGUAGAGAUGCAGUUGUUCGGGUAUGGGAUAUGAGGACUAAACGGGCCGUUCAUGUACUUGGUGGCCAUACAAGCACUGUGCACAGUUUGGCCGCCCAUUCAGUCGAGCCACAAAUUAUCUCAGGGUCACAGGAUAAAACCGUACGCUUAUGGGAUUUGGCGGCGGGUAGGUGCAAAACAACUCUCACACAUCACAAAAAGAGCAUUCGCGCUUUGGCUAUACACCCGCGUGAAUACAGCUUUGUAAGUUGUAGUGCUGAUAACAAUAAGGUUUGGCGUCUGCCUAAUGGUAUAUUUGAUAGAAACGUAACGGGUCACAAUGCUAUAGUCAAUACUUGUGCUAUUAAGGACAAUGGAUAUUCGUCGGUUCUGGUUUGUGGGACUGACAAUGGGCAAUUGCACUUUUGGGAUUGGACAAGCGGAUACAAGUUUCAGACAAUCCAAUCACAAGUGCAAAAGGGAUCUUUGGAAAGUGAAAGUGCAAUUUUUGGCUGUAAAUUUGAUUAUAGUGAAACAAGAUUGAUCACUACAGAGUGUGACAAGACUAUCAAAGUGUGGAUCCAAGAUAAAGACGCCACUGAGGAGUCCUUCCCAAUUGAAUGGAAGCCACCAAUGGUUGCGGCUAAAAUACAGACCCUUCCCAGGCCAAAACGGCAUAUAAGACUUUGA